GCCACAGCACAGUAGCAUUCUCUCGACAGAGAUUGAUUACACCAACAAAUAGUGCCCUUUUUAGGAUCGUUAACACACACACUCUGCUGCUUCGUAAGGCUACAAGUAACUAUUUACCUUAAUUAGUCGCAUCACAAUAUACUAGAAACACACCAUCUUCAUAUAUUAAGGCUCGAACACCCCCCCUUCCAAAAAAAGAGAGACAACAUUAGUAUUAAGCAACCUACUGCAAGCUCGAAGUGCAUUGCUGUUCCAGGAGAACGCGCGCAUUGAUCUGCUGUGCAGUUUUUCAGGGGGUAAAUGCAAUCACGUGUUCCACUGGCGUCCAAUCCCAGCUGGGGAAGCUUUCUGAAAUAAUUACCUGUCUUGAUUGUUCUACGGUCAGAUAAAAAAGUACACAUACACUCCAUAUAAUAAUCGGAUGCAUGUAAAAGAGAAGGGAAACAUCGCCAUGUCGGCUACGGGUCCCAUAAGUAAUUAUUAUGUGGAUUCCUUGAUCAACCAUGAGAGCGAGGAUGUUCUAGCGAGUCGUUUCACAGCCACUGGUCCGAUAUCCUCCAGCUCACGCCCGACGCCCCUGGUCCCGGAAUGCGCGGAUUACCCGUCUUGCAGCUUUGCCCCGAAACCACCAGUCUUUACUACCUCAUGGGCCCCUGUUCACUCCCAGUCGUCAGUGGUUUACCAUCCAUACACUCACCAACCUCACCUAGGCACAGACUCAAGGUACGUUCGCUCUUGGCUGGAGCCUAUCCCCGGUACCGUGUCUUUUCCAGGAUACGCAGGGAACAGCAGGCACUACGGGCUGAAGCCCGACACCUUCCAGGAUCCCCGUGCUGGAGACUGUUUGAGCUCGAACGGACGCACUUACACGGAUUAUCUUUACUGCUCUGCCGUCGACAUUCGGGAAAAGCAGCAGAACACACCAUCGCCUGAGACGGAGAGUCUGUCUUCCGGGAAGCACAAAGACAAGGCUGAAUUAGACCCGAAUAAUCCUGUGGCAAACUGGAUCCAUGCGCGCUCUACUCGAAAGAAGCGUUGUCCAUACACCAAGUAUCAAACUCUCGAACUCGAAAAGGAAUUUUUAUUCAAUAUGUACCUCACAAGAGACCGGCGAUAUGAGGUAGCAAGGGUCCUGAACCUGACGGAGCGACAAGUCAAAAUCUGGUUCCAGAACCGACGGAUGAAGAUGAAGAAAAUGAACAAAGAAAAAAACGACAGUAAAGAAAAAUAGAUCAAAAGUCACUCAUCAGAAAAAGACUGAAGGAAAAUCAUCAUUUAGUAUCGUUAUGAGUCUUAACAUUUGCACCUCCGGCCCACAAAACGAACAGAGAAAAUAAAAAGGCUAUCCUAUAUAGAUGUCCUUCAAAACGUGAUGAUAUAAGUAUGAUUUAAUGUAAGUGUAAUUUUACCAUCCUGACGUAAGUCAUAUUAAUACCAUACGCAGUUUGGAUUUACAUAACAUUUCUUUACUCACAAAUACAAAAAAGUGGACUCUGCAGAGAGGCUGCCCCGACGUUUCAGAGAGAAAAUACUUGAACUACUUUAUUUUCAAAUUCCUAAUUUAUGCUCUUUACGUGGUUGUUUCUUUUCUAUGCUUCCAUUAUUUGUAGGAGGUUUGAAAGCCGAAUAUUUUAUAAAGGGUAACAAUUCUGUAGUUAAACAAAAUAUACGUGUUUGCGUCGAUGUGCUUAGUUUGUUUCUGAUGUACCUGUUUGUGUAUUUUACAUUCUUUAAAAUGUAAAUAAGUUUCAUCAUAGAUUGUAGAUAUAUCCAAAUAUAUACAACCAUGUUAAUAUGA